AGCUCCAGUCACCUUUUGGUCCGACAACGGGCCGCAGUUUGGUGCAGCAGAGUUCCAGCGUUUUCUCACGGAUUGGGGGAUUACUUCCCUCAUGUCUUCACCAUAUUAUGCUCAAUCCAAUGGCCGGGCUGAAGCAGAAAUCGACUCAAUGAAGACGCUCAUCCGUGGAUCAUGGACAGCUGGCGCAUUUAACGAAGAGAAAUUCGCCAAAAGUAUCCUGCUUUUCCGAAACGCGCCGCGAUCUGGCGGAGCAAGUCCAGCACAGUUGAUUUUCAACCGUCCGGUGCGUGACUGUCUGCCAGCUCAUCGCCGCUCAUUCGCACCAGAAUGGCAAAAAGCAGCCGAUGUACUUGAGAAACGGGCGAGACGGUCCAAGGAGCUGCAAAUAGCUCAUUACAACAAGCACACGCGACCCCUCGCUCCGUUUAUCAUAGGCAACCAUGUCCUGAUCCAGCAUCCCAUCAGUAAGCUGUGGUGUACCCCUGGAGUAAUCGUAGAAGUCGGCCAUCAUCGAGACUACCUCAUUAAGACUCCAGCCGGGCGGAUUUUUCGGCGCAAUCGGCGUUUUCUUCGCCCUCGCGUACCCGUAUUUCCAGCUACUACACCAGCUACUACACCAGCUACUACACCGGCUACUACACCAGUCCAGCCGGAAGUCGUUCAACCGCCGCAACAGGAACCAACCGAGCCACCGGAACGAGAGAAUCCUGCUCCACCGGUACAAGAAAAUGCUGUUCCACCGGUGUUACGCCGUUCAACAAGAAAAAAACAGCCGCGGCGCCACUUCUUCCCAGCCGAGUGGACACAAUAACACCCAUCCCAGUCUCAUGUUUACUUAUUCAUGGCUAUGUGUGUGUUGUGUGUCCCCAGUUAUUAUUUUUCCCUAACAUGUUUAAAAAGCAAAGUUAACAAUGUACGUUAUCUUUGCUCAUUGAAAGGGGCGUGUGAUGACGCCAUCUGGCAACACCGCACCCGUCGGCUCUAUAUAUAGGGGAGAACCCCUUCCCUCUGGGUCAGUCUCUGUCUGCUCUUCAUAGAGCACUGGUCGCAGGUGUAUCCAAUACACGUUGAUCCAAGCCGCAUCCUAUUUUCUAAGUUUCACAGUUUCACAGUUUCUCAGUUUCACCUCCUCAUUCUAAGUUCAUCACAAUCUCAAAAUCUACGGUUUAUAAUUUUUAUUCUAUGACCUAAUUCCUUUACAGACAGUGGCUUCUCGUUUUUUCUUCAUACCAGCGAUCACAUUUGAUGCCUCCAAUGGUUUUGAGUUGUUAGAGCAAGUUUUACUUUCUACCAUGCUUCCACCAACGUGCAUCGUCAGCAAACUUUGUCGUUGUGUCGGACUUCCAAUCCGGAAGAAAAACGUCAAAUUAUCGGCGAUACGUUUGUCAAAGUAGCAGAUAGAACGACUAACGAUUUAAAUCUCACUUGGAAUACUCUACUUCUCAGACAAGGUAUUAACCUUCCUUUUUUUGUUAUUGCAUGUAUUAGACUAUAUUGCCUGUCAUCAUAAAUGAAAAUAAUACAGGUACUUCGAGGCCGGAUUUAAUUGAGUCCACUUAGCAUAUGGCUUCUUCGCGCGGUUUGUUAAUACUAAUCGUUUGCGCCGAAGAACUUUUCAUGGAAGCUGGUUUCGGUGAGACGCAUUCAAGAGAUGUCGUUUUUGGCCGAUUUUAACA